AUGCAUUGUGAUGCUAAUUCUUUAUCAAAAUUUGUCAUUAAAUUUUUGAAUGAUAAGAAAAUUAUGAAAAAAUUGAUAGGUCAAAGUUACGAUGGCGCAGCUGUUAUAUCAGGUGAUUCACAUGGACUGCAAGCAAAAAUUAGAGACGUCAAUCCUUCUGCACUUUAUAUUCAUUGUUUUGCCCACAAGUUAAAUCUUAUAUUAUCAAAAUCUUGCAGCAAAAUUAAAGAAUGUAAGGUUUUUUUUGCAACUUUAUCUGGUUUAGCCAGUUUUUUUAGUACAUCAUCUAAGCGUACAGCAGAAUUUGAUAAAUAUGUUAAAAAAAGAUUACCACGAGUAGCCCCAACAAGAUGGGAAUACAAUGAUCGGCUGGUUCAAACAGUUUUCAAUUAUUUGAAGAAUCUAGUCGUUUUUUUUGAAAGUAUGAUUGAUGAAGAAUCUGAUAUUGUUUGGGAUAAUGAUGUUCUAAUAACAUCUCGUGAAGUUUUUCUAGAAUCCGAUUUAUUAUUUGAUAUACUUCAAACUAAAAUUAACGAUGUAUCAUAUUGUCUUAAAAGUAUUAACGAUUUCAGAAAUUCAGUUAAAUCUAACAUAGAAAACUUUGAUGUUUUUUGGAGAAAUUUAAAUGUAAAGGAAAAUAUUGAAGACAAUUUAGAUAAAAAACACAAUUUAAAUGACACUUAUUCUCAAUUUUUCGACUUACACAAUCUGGAAACCGAAUUAAAGGUAGUGUUUCGUGACGAUGAAUUUAGAAAGAGAAAAAAUGUUUAUGAAAUACUUGAAUUUUUAAUUAAUACCGAUUUGAUGAAAAGUUUUAAAGAGUUUUUUAAACUAUGCAAAUUCAUUUUAACUUUGGCUGCAACAACAGCAAGUGCAGAACGGGGUACAACAAUGAAUUCAAUUUUCACGCAAGAUUUUGUGAAAAGAUUAAAUGAAAUAUCAAGCAAUAAAAGUAGACAGAAAAUGAUGGAUUUCAUCAGAUUUCUAAGUGCUAAAAAUCAGAAUUUACACUCAACUUCUCCUUUAUCUUAUAAAUCGUCAAUUAGCGAUCUACUUUACUUACCAAUGACCUCUAGUAAAAAAUCUUCCUGGGCCUAUUGGGAAGAGCAUAUUUUAUUGCAAAAUUGGGAAAAUUAUUUAAAGGAACAAAAUUUUGAUUUUCAGUCUACUAAAUAUGAAGUUUUACUGCUCAGGUCACCAAAAAAUUAUAAUAUCACAAGUGACAUACUUAGUUAUAAUGAAGAUAUAUCUAAAACUCAUAAUAAUAUGGAGGACAAAAAUAUAUGCAUGAAAUUUGAAGAAUCAGUGAUUGAAUUAAGGAGAAUCUUUUUAAGUUUUGUAAAAUUAUCAAAAUUAUAUGAAAGACUUGGUAAUGGCAUUCCCAGAAGACUUAAUUGUGUUUAUUAUAGAAUGAAACGCAAAGCAUAUGCCAAUUCUUUUAAGUUAACUGGACAGUUUACUUUGGCUGAAAUUAUAAAUUCGUGGAAGGAAUAUCAAAUCUUAAUUAAAAAUGAACCAAAUACUUGUGCAAAUGAUGAUGAAGAUAAAUUUGCUAUUUAUCAAACAUUAAGCGAAACAUUAAAAAGACCUAUAUUUAUUUUAAAAACAAUAAUAAAUUUAAUACAAGAAGAGAUAGCUAAGGUUAACAGUCAAUCCCUAGUUCAUAAUAAUUUAUCCACAAAUAUUAAUUAUGUUCUGGGAAUUCAUGAUCAGAAUAGUUGUAAUAUACAUGUAGAAAAAACUCUUAUAGAAAUAAUAUAUAAAUAUAUAACCACUAUUUUGGAUAUAAAUUUGAUGCUUCUACGAGAUAAUAUGAGCAUAUCAAUUUUCACACAAACACUGCAUCAUAUAAAUAUUGAUUGGCAACCUAUAUAUAAUUGGAUUUUGUCAAAUCAUUUCUCGUUAUUCAAAAAUGAGAAGGAAUUAAUUACAUUUUGGCACACUACCAUCAAAUUCAAAUUCAUUGAUUAUGUUUAUAACUCUGCCUCACACUUCAUACAUGAUCAAAAGGAAUGUGAUAAAGAUUCAAUGAACACUGCGGAAAAAUCUAAAAAGUAUACAAAAUUCCCCAAAGGAGUUCAGCUCAACAAUCUCAUGUCCACACCUAUUAAAGAAAAAGGAUGCAAUACAGGGACCUUAGAUUCAGACCUAAUACUACCAAAUAUUGAUCAAAAGUAUUCUACAAGUAAUGUACAAGAGGGUUAUAGGAAGAAUAAAAAAUUGUUGAAAGUCAAAACCAAAGAAUUAAUAGAGUUUCUUAAUGGCACAAAUGAUUUGGGCACUAUGAAUAAUUGUGAUGCACAUAAUUCAUCUGCAUUAAACCAAGCUAGCACUAUCAAGCACAACACAAUGACAGUUUCCAUGAAAGGCAAACAGAUAAAAGAGGCUAAUGUAAAUACUCAAAUUGGUAAGAGCAGUGAUAUAACUUUUGUGAAAUCCAUCGAUUUUGAAACUAAUUAUCGACCACCAGUUAAGGUUAAGAAAAAAAAUAGCAAAUAUACUGAAGUUAUAAAAGGAGAAAUUACCCUAGAUCCUAGCAUUAUAAUAGAUCCUCUCUCCAAUACUACCAACGAUAAAAUCUUGGGAAACAUGGCCAAUCAAACCAUAAAUAAGUUGAAAACGAAGAAGAGAAACAUUUCUAAAAAUUGUGAUAUUUUCCAUCCUAAAAUCGCUAAUGAAACAAAUGACACAAUAAUACAAAUUUAUCCCAAAAGUAGUUCUAUACCGGAUACAAUGUUGCCUAUAAAUGCAAAAAUGAAUACAAUUUCAGUUCUAAAAACUCAAGAUUCUAAGUUUAUAAAAUCUUCCCACCAGAAUAAAUCAACUAAUUUAAAAGACUCUAAAUUGAGAUGCCAACAUAGACUUAUAACCUUAUUAAAUUGUGUCGUUUCCAUGUACGACCCACAAGAAGGGGAAUACAACAAGAAUAAAAUAGCCUGGGACGUAAUGGAUCAAAUUCUCUUUUCACGGCUAUACCGUUCAAAAAAAAUAUACACCGAUCUUAUUAAAAAGUAUGUUCCUAAUCAUGACCAACUAGAUUUUCGCGCUAUCGUUCUCGCUCUCAAAAAUAUCGUUCUUCCAGAUUUCGAUGAUUCUUUACCCAUCGCGUCGAAUCUUACACGACGGGAUAUUAUAAACUUGAAAAUAUUUCAUCAGAAAUCAAAUAACUAUAUAGUCGAAUCCAUCGAAGGUGACAUUAAUGGAACAACGGUUGAAUCAGUCACGCUUACAAGGAUGCCUAACCGCUUUCUACCACAUAUCCCUACCCACAAUAACAAUAAUACAUCUUCGUUAUAUAAAUCUGAUGUCAUAGAUAGAUCUAAGAAAAUAUUAUACCAAGUCGACUACAAGACAACUUUAAAAGCUCGAAAAGAGCUAGUACUUUAUUUGAAUCGAUUGAUUAAAGAUAAAGAGCCGCAGAGUGAAUAUAUAGAUCGUGAAAAGGAAAGAAAAAAAAUUAACAAAGUUAGAAAGAUAAAAGUUCAUAGAGAUGUUGAUUGGGAUACCUUGACUAAAGAGAUCAAUAAAAAAUUGGGAUCUAACUUCACUAUCACUGAAAUGAUAAGAAAGUAUAGAAAUCUUAGACCAUAUGUACCCGAAUAUAAAGAAAUUGGAUUUGUAAAAACGAUUAUAAAAUUGAAGGAAAGAUACAUUCCUAUCGUGACGAAAAGCAUAAAACUCAAGGAACGUUCUCUCGGUUCCUCAAGAGCCACUGAUAUUGGAAAUGGACCUCCUGAUAUUUUAAAAGACCAAUUCAUCUCUAUCAAUCCUAGAAAAAAGCAGAAGAAAAGUCUUAUAAAUAAAAACAUUUCUAAUUUACCAGACGAUUGUACUAUUCUUGAUUCAAAAAGCAAUGACGAAGAAAUUACACAAAUAAGAAAUAUACACCAGAAAAACAAAAAACUAAAAACUUCAGAUAAUUCUGAAUCUUUGAAAUCAAGGAAGCGCCAGAAUAAAACGGCAUUGACAAACGAAGAUAAACCUUUAUCAAAUAUUAAUAUGUAUGAUACCGAAAAAAAUCCGAUAGAGGAGAUAUAUCCGGAAAAAUUGAAAAAAAUUAAAAAGAAAAAAAAUUGCUUAGCAGAUCUAGAAAUACCUAAGAAGAUAGAAAAAAGAGAAAUUAGCCAAUUACAAAAGUCGUCAAAUUUUUCUUCUAAUGAUAAAUCAGCAUCACCUGUCGACAAAUUCAGACAACACCUGAAGGAAUUGGUCCAAGAAGCAUACGUCAACGAGAUAAAUAUAGCGGCGGCUACAACGAUCCAAUCGAUGGAUUUGAAUGAGCAGGAGAAUAAACAAUUAAGUCAGAUGACUCUGAAAGAGAAAAAGCGGAAAAACAAGAAAUCAAAUAGGCUAGAUGGGGAUCAUACGGACAUUGGAACUAUAAGGCCAUCUAAAAAGAAGAAGCGUAAUCAAAAUGAUGGGAUUAAUAAUAUUAUCAAUUCGGACGAAAAACAUAGAUCCUAUGAAAUUUUUAGGAAAGCAAAUUUAAAAAAUACUCACGAACCAAUGAUUAAAAUGAGCGAUGAUACGAGCCCAGUUCCCGGUAACGAACCCAUCCUUGACAGUUUUGGUAACAAAAAGUCUAAAUAUUUUCCAAAUGAUAAUCACCAAAAAAAAUUAUCUCGUAAAAUUAAAUCAGAAAACGAUAAGAACUCCGCAGCGCUAAGUCUUGUUACUUCAGAAGAUACAGCUAUCGAGAUAGUCGAUGCAUGCCCCGUUAAGAAUAUUGAGACAAGCAAACCUUCUAAAUAUUCGAAAAAGGAUCAUAUGCUUAAAUCUGACGAACCAAUGAUAAAAAAGAUUGAUCGCUCAAGCAGAGUUCCUAGGAAAGAAUCCAUUCUUGAUAUGUCAUUAGUUAAAAAGUCUAAAAAUUUUCCGACUUCUAAAAUAAGUGAUGAUAAUUGCAUGGCUGGCAAAAAGAAUAUAUCAGACAACGAUAAGAAUUCCCAAUCGCUAAGUUUUGUUCCUAUCACCUUUGAAGCCAUCAAGAAAAUUGAUGAUGACGCUAUAAAUCGUAAUAAUGAUCAUAUUAGGCAUUGGAAUAAGAAUCGAAAAUGUGAAAAUACUGAAGAACAUUUUAAAUCUCCAUUAAAUACGAUAGUCGAGGCAAAUGAUGUGAAUAAAAGCAAUAUUAGACCUCUCGUUUUAGAAGAAAGCUCAAAUCAAAAUAUUAGCAGGGUCAAAUAUCGCGUUAAAAAUAUUAACGAGUCUCUCAAACCUUAUGAACAUUCUAAAAAGGAUGGCGUGCUUAAAUUUAUUAAUAGGGUUACUCCAAUAGAUCUUGAUAGCAAUAUUCAACAUUGCUUACCAAGCCAAAACCCUCUACCCAAUCACGACCAACAAGGAAAAAUUAUAAUAGAAAGUGAUGAGAUAAAUCAAAAACAAAAUGCAAAUUAUGUCAAAUCUCUCGAUUUAAAGAAAAAUUUAAAUCGCGAUCGACGCAUAUCAAUAGACUCUCAGGCUAAUUCCAAAAAAUUCGUUAACGAUGUUGUAAUAAAGGCUUCUUUAAUUAUUUCCAAUAAACGCAAUGGCCUAAGUGCUUCCUCGAAGAAACAUGAGGUGCACGAUUACCAUUCUUGCGGGAACAACAAAUUACAUGAAUUAUCCUUCAAUUCUAAAUGUAAUAUAACGAGCGAUCGCCAAAAUAAUAAGGAUUAUAGGGAUUUAUCUUCGAAUUCUUAUUAUAAUCAAUCGAGAUCUGAUCACCGUAAUAAUUUAAAACGUCUAGAAGGACAUAGCGAAAAAUUUAGGAACACCUCCAGUUUUAAUAAGACACUCAAGCCUGACCAGAGCUGCCCCAGAAACAUCGGCCUUAAAACUAAUUAUUCAGAACAACGCGAUGGGUUUUAUUUGGAAUCAAAUUCUAGCUUUAACAGUGAAACGAAUAGAUAUGAAAUUUUACAGCAAUCUUUUAACAUGCCACACCAUUGUUCAUCAAAUGAAAGGUUGCGAAACAAUUUGAAUAUUGCUGCACCUUAUGCUAAUAAUAAUAUUUACGAGGAUUAUAAUAAUCGAAAUAAAUACCAUGCGCCCUUGCCUAGUCGUCGUAAUUUCGUUACUAUGAACCAAUGGCCAAUCGAAUCAGUAAAUCAAUAUAGUGGUAAUGAUGUUCCUUUGCCUUCUAACAUCAAUCAUUAUAGUUAUCCUUAUCCCGAUAAUAAUUUUCCUAAACCUCUAAUAUACAAAGGAUUCCCUUUUAACAGCAAUUUACAACCUGAAAGAUAUGACAAAAGGAAAAUAAUGAAUCCACUCUUAGAAGUCUGCAAUGGGAAUACAAUAUGUUGACCCAGCAAUAUUUAUCGUUAAGCUGGAGUCAAGCAGUCCACUCCGAUCAACUAUAUAUCAUCAUCCCUAAGAAAGAACUAUCAAGCUGGCUUCAGAAAUGAUCUUUAUUCUCAAACAGACG